AAAAGUCUGUAUGUAGACAAGAGAGCUGUUUGUGCUGCAUUUUACUGGGAUCAGGACGAUGGGAUGUACAAAAUUCUGUAUACACAGUAAUGGCAGGCUGCGGUGACGCUCUGCUCGCUGCUUGCCAUGCCGGGUAUUGUGGUGUUCCGCCGUCGCUGGUCUGUGGGCAGCGAUGAUCUAGUAUUGCCGGGAAUCUUCUUGUUCGUGCUGCAUAGCACCUGGUUUGUCAUCCUUUCGGUCGUUCUCUUUGGUUUGACCUAUAACCCUCAUGAAACAUGUUCGCUGAACCUGGUGGACCACGGCCGUGGGUACUUGGGCAUCCUUCUGAGUUGUAUGAUUGCGGAAGUGGCCAUCAUCUGGUUGAGUAUGCGAGGGGGGAUCCUGUACACUGAGCCCCGGGACUCCAUGCAGUAUGUGCUGUAUGUGCGACUGGCGAUCCUGGUGAUUGAAUUUAUUUAUGCCAUUGUGGGUAUUGUCUGGCUUGCUCAGUAUUAUACAUCAUGCAACGAUGUUACAGCCAAGAACGUCACAUUAGGUAUGGUGGUGUGUAACUGGGUGGUCAUACUCAGCGUCUGUAUCACGGUGCUCUGCGUCUUUGAUCCAACUGGACGGACCUUUGUAAAGUUGAGGGCAACAAAGAGAAGACAAAGAAAUCUGCGCACAUACAACCUAAGGCAUCGUCUCGAAGAAGGUCAAGCCAGCAGCUGGACACGUCGCCUAAAAGUCUUCCUCUGCUGCACUCGCACUAAAGAUUCUCAGUCUGAUGCAUACUCAGAAAUUGCCUACUUGUUUGCUGAGUUUUUUCGAGAUCUUGACAUUGUUCCAUCUGACAUCAUCGCUGGGCUGGUCCUAUUACGUCAACGUCAGAGAGCCAAACGCAAUGCUGUCUUGGAUGAGGCUAAUAAUGACAUCUUGGCCUUCCUAUCCGGGAUGCCCGUAACCAAGGAAACAAAAUACCUUGAUUUGAAAAAUGCGCAAGAGAUGCAGAAGUAUAAGGAGGUUUGUUAUUACAUGCUGUUUGCUUUAGCAGCUUAUGGGUGGCCCAUGUAUCUCAUCAGGAAGCCGACCUGUGGCAUCUGCAAGUUGGCAGGAGCAUGUUCCAGUUGUUGUUGUCUUUGCACCUCCCGCCCCCGCUUUGCCCCCGGAGUCACCAUUGAAGAGGAUAACUGCUGUGGCUGCAAUGCAAUCGCUAUUAAACGGCAUUUCCUGGAUGAAAACAUGAGCAUGGUGGACAUUGUGUACACUUCAUGCCAUGAUGCGGUUUAUGAAACACCAUUCUUUGUGGCUGUGGAUCAUGACAAAAAGAAAGUUGUUAUUAGUAUCCGUGGAACCCUUUCUCCCAAGGAUGCCUUGACAGACUUAACUGGAGAUGCAGAGCGCCUCCCGGUGGAAGGACACCAUGGUACUUGGUUGGGACACAAGGGAAUGGUCCUUUCUGCUGAGUACAUUAAGAAGAAGCUAGAGCAGGAAAUGGUGCUUUCCCAGGCAUUUGGCCGAGAUCUGGGGCGGGGGACCAAGCACUAUGACUUGAUUGUGGUGGGGCAUUCUCUUGGAGCUGGCACAGCUGCUAUUCUGUCUUUCCUGCUGCGCCCGCAGUACCCGUCCUUGAAGUGUUACGCAUACUCCCCUCCUGGAGGGCUGCUAAGUGAGGAUGCUAUGGAAUAUUCUAAGGAAUUUGUCAUGUCUGUAGUGCUUGGAAAGGAUCUAGUUCCCAGAAUUGGUUUGUCGCAGUUAGAAGGUUUUCGUAGACACUUACUGGAUGUUCUUCAAAGAAGCAAUAAACCCAAGUGGCGGAUCAUAUUGGGAGGUACAAAGUGCAUUCCUAAAUCAGAACUCCCAGACGAAUCUGAGGGAGUAAAUGUGCCCAGCAACCGACUCUGGACUCACCCUAGUGACCUCACCAUAGCACUGUCUGCUAGCACGCCACUCUACCCACCGGGGCGGAUUAUCCAUGUUGUGCACAAUCAUCCUGUGGAGCAGUGCUGCUUUUGGGAUCAAGAGGAACCAACUUACUUUGCAAUCUGGGGAGAUAACAAAGCUUUUGAAGAGGUGAUCAUCUCGCCUGCCAUGCUGCAUGAGCAUCUGCCACAUGUUGUAAUGGAGGGACUGAAUAAGGUCCUGGAAAAUUAUAAUAAAGGUAAAACAGCCCUCCUGUCAGCUGCUAAAGUAAUGGUUAGUCCUACUGAGGUGGAUCUCAAUCCAGAGCUGAUUUUCCAACAGCAGCCGUACCCUCCUCCCCCCCUCUUGGAGGUGAUACCGGCUAUUAUGCCUGGGACACACAGCUCUAACCGGAGAAACAGCAGCACCAAGAGUAAACAGUCUGAGAUCAGCUUGGAAGGUUUUUACGAUUCCCGCUUACUGUCACCUGUGUUGAAGGACCCAGUGGAACUUUUGUUAAUGAGCACUAAGGAUUGCCUAGCAGUUUCUCUGCAGGACCGUCGGGCCCCUCUGGCUACAAUGGAGAGCCUGUCUGACAACGAGUCAGUAUACAGCUUUGACUCUAGACGUUCCUCUGGCUUCCGGAGCAUUCGUGGCUCUCCAAGCCUACGAGCUGUGUUAGAGCGUGAUGAGACGCAUUGCUUCUUCAUAGAUCCCACCAUUCCUGAAGAGAACCCUUCACUGAGUUCUCGCACUGAGCUGCUGGGAGCAGAUGCCCUCUCGAAGCAUUCACAGGAGAGUCAACACACAGAAAUUGCUCAUAACAGUGGACGUUCUUCUCCAGGUGACUUACCUUUAUGGGAAGAGGACGUUGCUGGAGGUGAGGCCAAUAGAGCGCUUACACCUGUCCGGGAAGAGCUAGCACUUCAAAAUGGUCGUCUUACAGAAGUGCCUAGCCCGCAGGUGCUGGAGUUUGCAGAAUUUAUUGACAGCUUGUUUAACUUGGAUAGCAAAAGUGGUUCACUACAGGACAUGUACCACAUGAGGGUAUUGGAGGGCACAGACCGAGAUAUCCCUAAAUCUGUCAGUGACCAAGAGAUUCUGCUGCGAGCUCAAUUUGAGCCCAACCUGGUUCCGAAGCCACCUCGUCUCUUUGCUGGAUCUGCAGACCCAUCAUCUGGCAUCUCUGUAUCAGCCUCAUUCCCUCUAAGCUCUUCUGGAGAGCUCAUGGACCUUACACCUACAAUGAUAGGCAGCCAGGAGUGCCUGACACCUGACCCUAUUCGGACUGCCACUCCCACUGGGGCUAACCAUGGCAAGCAGGGGGAAUUACUUAUCUCUGCUCUCUAGCAUUAUGUGUAGGUGUAUGGGCCGAGGAUGCCAUCACUGCAGGGACAGCCACUAUAGGAAGUAUUGUCACAGGAAGCUAAUUAAAUGGAUUUAGUUGCUUGUCCUGUCAAUAUACAAUGUAUUCAAGACUGCAGAUCCUCUAGCAGCUAAAUGGAGUUUAUCCCACAAGGAAAAGAUAAUGUUGCACUAAGAAGAUGCCAACCCAUGGCUCAUUUAACAGUCAUGAUCUGCCAGCCUGUGCCAUGGAUCAAUUAGACAUUUCAAAGCUUGUGUGAUUCCCAGUAGAGCAAAAGGGACACGCAAAUUGCCACUACCACCCUUUAUCCACUGUGAGAGCACAAACGCACACUACCACACUCUGCCCAUUAUGUAGACACAACUCUACGCUAACACCCUUUGCUCGAAAUUGGGCAUAUUACACUACUACUAUCUUGCUUACUGGGAAAGACAUGGGGUCAUACUUUCAAACCAACGGCCCACUUUAGAGUUUACAGGGCCAUUGUAGCACCCUUUUCUGCCUUUUUUUUACUUGUAUUGUGCCCAUUCUAUGUCUUUCGGUCUGACGUUCUCAAGAUAUUUUGUUUUAUUGCAGAUGUGUGUAUAACUUCACAAUGUGCCACCUUAAAGAUGAGCUUGAAGGGACACUGUGUGUGGGAGAACCAGCAUAGCAUAUAGUUAUUUUCUCUGAUUUAUCAUUUACUCAGGGUGUCCUCAGAAAGGUACAAAAAAAUCACUAAUACACUAUUCCUUUCUGAUCUAUCUGCUUCUUUACGGAGGUCCAGAACUUAUCAUCAUGGACCUUUUAUAUACUGCCUGGCUUAUGUUGUCUGCCCAAGUCUCCCUUAGUUUAAAAACUUCAGUCCCUUCCUAAAGGUACAUAAAGAAUCAGUAUUAAAAUUCUCUAAUAUGCAUCAUCGACUGCAGAGAGCCAUCUGUGUAACCCCUGUAAAGCUUUGGUUAUAUCUAUGAUAUAUAAUCAGAUUAUCUAAUUGGUUAUGAGACAGAGCCUCCGUCAAUACCUCUGAGCAGUCUACAAGCAACUAUUCUUAAUAAUGUCACUUUAAAUGGUGACAGUGCGCUGCUGUGUACAUUGUAAUAAAUUCUGUAUGACGUAAUUAAAGGGAAAAAAUGCUCAACUUGAUGUAAAUUUCUAAAAGCCCUAUAUGUGAUAGGGUCAGAAAGCAGUGGAAAGACUGGAAAGUAUAGGUUCCUAAACGGACAUGAAACCCAAACUUUUUCUAUCAAGAUUCAGAUAGAAUUUUCAACAACUUUCCAAUUUACUUCCAUUAUCAAUUUAGCUUCAUUCUCUUGGUAUCUUUUAUUGAAGGAGCAGCAGUGCACUUUUGGGUGCUAGUUAAAGACGUUGGUAAGCCAAUGACAACAGGCAUAUAUGUAAAGCCACCAAUCAGCAACUAGCUCUCAGCUCCUGAGCCUAUUUAGGUAUCCUUUUCAUCAAAGGAUAGCAAGAGAACGAAGCAAAUUAGAAAAAGUAAAUAGGAAAGUUCUUUACAAUUGUAUGCUCUAUCUCCGCGGUCAGCAACCAUGGCUCUCCUGAUGUAUCUGAACCAUGAAAGAAAAAUUUUGGGUUUCAUGUUCCUUUAAAUUUGUAUGAGAUCAUUGUUCCUGGCUUAUUGGUGGUAGAUUUUGUCUCUUCCAACAUGAUGAUGAUAGCUACGUGUACUUCAUCCUAUCCGGCGUAGUCGGUCUUGAAAUAUGCUAUGCUGCUCCUCAAAUACACUCUGUUCCUUGUCACUUCCUCUAUAAAGGGAAUAUUUCAGGAGGGACAGUGCCAAUAAUGCCACUGCUUGUCUCUCUCUCGUUGUCCUAGUGGCCUACAAUGGAUAAACAAUGGAAGUAUUGACAGAGCUUAUUCCUCAAACCCACUACUUUUUGUAAUGUGUGCCAGUCUUUCCCCUCGCAAUAUGUACAAUCCCCACUAAACAAUUAUUGUGGCUCCUUAUGUAAGAAUUACAGAUGGUGCAUGAUGGGAAGUAGCUUCAAUUUAUAGUAAUGUAUGAAUGAUAUAUAUAUAUAUAUUUAUAUAUAGAGAGAUAAAUAUAUAAUAUGAGGUAUAAAUGUUAAAUAAUGCAUGUGUUCCUGAAAGUGUCAAUAGAACUGUAUGGCAGACCACAUGCCUACAAAAGAGAUGUGCCAACAUUAAUUAUGCCACCUGGAAUGGCAGCCAUUUUUAGCGCUACUCAAGGUGGUAGCAUUGCCGAACAAUGUAACAGGACUAUUGCCUGCCUAUAGUUAAAACCAGAUCCAGACUACUAGUGCAUUGCUGUUGAAUAAAUUUGGGCAGCAUAUGUAGGUAGCCACGAUCAUUGGCUGUAUUCAGCUCAUGAUUGGUAGCUUAUUGCCACCGCCGAGCUCACUUAAAGGGACAGUCUAGACCUAAUACAUAUUCUUUAUUACUUAUUGUCACAUACCAGACAAGCAUCUUGCAACGGGUUCCACAUCUAUAAGCUUGUAAGAAGUACUUGAAAGCUUUGUUUGUUAGCACCUGAAAAUGGCCAACAAGCUCCGCCCACAGCUUUCUUCUUGUCCGGUUAGCUGUUUUCUUAUAUGACAGAUUAGCAGUGCACGUUUAAUAUUUUUCAGUUUGCUAUUUCAAAUUUCACAAGCACUAAUCGGCGUGUGCGAUUAGAAAAACGUAUUCUGGAGUCAAUCGUGAUUAGAGAAACUUAACUUACCAAAAUAUACAUGCAAUGGGUGGGCAGAGCUUGGCGGACAUUUUUAGCUCCUAACCAUGAAUAUUUAAAGGUUUCAUGUACUUAUUUCAAUGUUAUAGAUGUAGGACCAGGUAAUCGAAAUGAUGUAUUGGGUCUAGAUUGUCUGUUUAAACUGUAUCUUACCCCUUUUCAUGGUUCAAACACACAAGCAAGCAGUAGUGCAAUAAAACAAACCAUUACCUUAUUGAAGCUUUGUGUUAACCUAUUCGUCUUUAUGUCUACGGAGAAGUGGCGGCCUUUGCCAUCACUGCAGUGUUCUUAAUAUGGUACGUUUUGCUACUUUAUGAUGCCUUGAUAAGUUGAUGUCAGUGUGAGAACUCCAUAGGAAGGUCAUAUUGGCCAAUGAUUUUGCACAUCAGUUCCAUCAUUUUUAUCAUCUACCUUUUUUUUAUCUUUUAUUUAUUUGUCGUUUUGCUUUGUCAUACCCAGUCUGCUUUUUAUGAUUAUCCCAUAUUGCCUGUAGAUGUCCUUUGCCUCGCUGUAUUGAUGAGACAUGAUUAACACUGGAGAUACUUUUUUGCACAUUGAGAUUUUACAGAGGGCUUCAUCCUAGUGUUUCCAGGGUGCACAUUUCUCUAAUUGGAAAACCACUAUUGAUGGUCCUCGUUGCUUUUUUUGAUCUUUGUGCUAUUGUUGUCUGUCGAGAGAUUUCUGUGGAAUUCUACACUCACACCACUGUUUCCUCCUGCUGCAAGUGUUUUUCACAGGCUUGGGUCAGACUGGCAUGGGUUCACCAAGGCAUCAUUAGAUGCCACCCUUUCUUGCUUUUGUAGACCUGCUAAAUAGAUGAUCCCUUGAACUGGUCAGAAAGUUGGCACUUUAUACAGUGGUGCUGUGUCCCGUCACUGCCAUGGCUAUAGGCACUCAGGAUUCCACUUAUAUUCUUGUGGGCUUUCCUACCACUGCCCCACGUUGAGCGCCUUAUUACCAGUUGAAUUUUGAGCAGGUGGCAGCAUUAUUACUUUUCUGUGACAAUGGUAACAAUGCCUUAAUUUCUCGGUGUCUGUGGUCCCAGUUCUUUCCUCUUCCCCAUGUCACCUGUCACCUAAUACUGACUGACGCCAGGCAGCAGAGAGCAGAGGGAACGAGCCCUUUGCAAAACACAGUUUACUGUGCAUGCCAUUCCUUCCCAACCCUCCUUUGUCUUGUGCCAUAACCCCAAGUCUCUUGUAGUUUAUGUACAAAAUAAAAAGCAUUAAUAAUAUUGUAAAAAAGAAUACUAAUGAAUUAGCAUAUCCUAUAAAUAUAUAAAUAUAUACAUAUGCUCUUGUAUAUUCUAUACAGACUGUAUAAAGGGGCGGGCUGGUUGAAUACCCUGGGCGUAUGUACAAUCCCUACCUUUCAGGCUGUACAUAUUUCUGACUGUAUUGUACAAAAUCUGCCUGCACUAGGAACUUUGUGCAGAGAUGAGGGAGAUGUAACCCCUUCACUGCCAGAAGUAUCCACAGCACAUUGAGCAGUAAGCCGUUCUGGUUGUGAAGGAUUUAGGAAGUUUGAUCAUACAGAUAUAUAAACCCUGUUCAUCCUAGAUAUAAUUGUUAUUGUCCUUGGCACUGCAAUGCCCUUACGUCUGGAAAUGAACACACUAAUUUAGGAAGAUGCAAGAGGUGGAGGUAACUCGCUAAUUACUUGAAAUGUGGUUACUGGAUAACUGCAGCACAUAGGUUCCUCCCUAGUAACAACAGCUUGGCACAACUAGUUUAGAUAUACUAAAUCGGGACUCGACAAACCCAGGAGCCAGGGAGUCACUGGCUCCUAGAAUUUUACCCCUGGCUCUUAACUUUUUGGGUUAUUCUCCAUUUAUCUAUAUACAAUUCUGGCUCCUAAAUAUUUUUACUGCCUCCUAAUUUUUAAACAGAUUUGUCGAGCAUUAAAUUAAUCAGCAACGGCCUUCAGCACACUGCCUGCAUGUAGCGUCUGCUGCGUGGUGUAGAUGGAAAGUCUCUUUUAAUAGACUGAUUAAAGUUUUAACAUUCUCCACUGUAUGCGGUACUAUUAAUUUUAAUGAAUUUCAGACAUUGAUAAAAUGAA